CUGAGUUUACUGCGUCCCUUUCAAAUGACAUCGUCAGCAUCUACUUUAACUUUCCUGAUAAGUUUGCUAAACUGGUGCAAGUGGGCUACACCUACAAUCGACGAUGCAAGGAUCGUAGGAGGAUAUGUCACCAGAAUCAAGAACGUUCCCUACACCGUUUCGAUAAAUGAGAGACGUAUAGGCCAUUUCUGUGGCGGCAGUCUAAUAUCGCUGGAGUGGGUUCUUACGGCCGCACACUGCCUAGAGGGUGCAGUGCCAGAAAACCUUUACGUACGUGCAGGUUCCAAUUACAAGAACAAGGAUGGAAUACUUAAAAGAGUGAAAGCGAUUAUCUCGCAUGCUCUUUACGAUAAGUACAUUACGUUAGAUUUUGACAUCGGUCUGGUCAAACUGCUUGAACCCUUGCCAGCACACAAUAACUAUAUCAGUACGAUCCGCUUAGCGGGUCCUUACGAAUUUGAGCCACCUGGUAGUUACUGUUUGGUUUCCGGAUGGGGAGACACUCGACAAAACGAGAGCGAGUAUCAGAUACUGAAAAGUGCUAUUGUUCAAACGGUUAAUCGGAUAACGUGCCAACGGGUACUGUUUCGACAGCCCAUCACAAAGAACAUGCUUUGUGCCGGUGCUCACGGGCACGACGCCUGCCAAGGAGAUUCGGGUGAUCCAAUGGUAUGCUUUGGAAGCCUUGCAGGUGUGGUGUCCUGGGGUGAUUCAUGUGGCACCAUUGGAGCACCAGGAGUUUACACAUCCGUACGAGCAUUAAGGUUCUGGAUCUAUACGGUUACUGAAAUUUAGAAUUAAUGAUGGUGUUGCAUGGUAUUAAUAAAUAGUAAAUGGAUUCUUGAAAUCAAUCAAAACGUGUUUGAUAUAAUUGUAAAUUUGUAACUUGUCAUGAAGACAUUUAAGUUGAAUUAGUUUCUGGUAUGCUUGUUUCACCGAUUUGCAAUUGUUUCGCAGUAUUUAAGUUUAGCCGUUGAAUUGCAUUGUUUAAAAGGAUGCUUGCGGC